AUGAGCCAGGUGCACGCUGGUCUCCGGUCGCCACGGAGCUCCCGGGCCCCCUCACCCUCGCCCACCAGCGACAGCUUCUGGACAUGGCGGCGGGACGGCGAGGUGCAGCUGCGGCUGGAGAAGGGGUCCUUUGCUGGCGAGGUACCCCUCACCGUGCAUGACAUGGUCAUAGACACAACCACCAAGUUUCCCCACUGCAUCGCGCUCGGCUCCAAGCACAAGAACGGCUGGCACUUACUCACCUACAUUGAGUACUACGAGGAGUGCCGCCGGGCCGCCAAGGCGUUCCUCAAGAUGGGUCUGGAGCGUUUCCACGGCGUGGGACUGCUAGGAUCCAACUCGGAGGAGUGGGUCAUUGCCAGCAUUGGAGCCAUCUUGGCAGGAUAGGAAGGCUUCUCUGUUGGCAUCUUGUCCACCAACUCUCCGAAAGUCUGCCAGGUCAUUGCUGAGAGCUCGGAGAUAGACGUCUUCGUGGUGGACGGCGACCGACAGCUGCAGAAAAUCAUCCAGAUUCAGGGCUCCUUGAAGAACCUGAAGGGCAUUGUGCAGUACAAGGAGGAGGUCCAGAUGAAGCAGUCGAACCUGUAUUCCUGGAAGGCGUUCCUGGACCUGGCCGCUGGCAUCUCGGACGAGAAGCUGGACAAGGUCAUUGACUCGCAGAAGCCCAACCAGUGCUGCACCCUGGUGUACAGCGUGUCGGGGCCCGGGGCCCCCAAGGCCGUGAUGCUCAGUCAUGACAACAUCACCUGGACCACCGCGGCCACUGCCCAGAGCCUCUCCUACAACUGCCCCCCGGAGAAGCAGGAGGUGCUGGUGAGCUACCUGCCGCUCAGCACCAUCAGGGUGCAGAUCUUUGACAUGUGGAUGGCCAUCUGGGUGGCCGGGGCCCUCUACUUCGCCCAGCCGGACGCCCUGAGGGGGACAGGGCUUCCGCAGUGUCCCCCUGGGGGAAGAGGCUCCCUGAUCGACACGCUGCAGGAGGUGCGGCCCACCACCUUCUACGGCGUCCCCCGGGUCUGGGACCGCAUGCUGGAUUGCGUGAAGACCACCCAGCUGGCCGCCACCCGCUUCCGCCGCCGGAUGCACAAGUGGGCCAUGAGGAUGGGGCUCAGGACCAACGAGAAGCGGAUGUUUGGGCAGCUCGCCCUGCCGCUGUGCUUCGGGCUGGCCAGGUGGCUGACCUUCCGCCCGGCCUGGAGCGCCCUGGGCCUGGACAGCUGCCCGCAGCUCUUCAACACGGGCCUGGGGCUGCCCAAGGACACGCUCGAGUACUUCCUCAGCCUCGACAUCCCCAUCUACGAGCUGUACGGCCGGGCCGAGUGCACGGGCGUCCACACCUCCUCCAGCCACCAGGCCUUCCGGCUGCUGAGCUGCGGGAAGGCACUCCCUGGCACCUACACCAGGGUGCACCAGGAAGACGACAAGGGCAUCGGGGCCAUCCACAUCUGGGGCCGGCAUGUCUUCAUGGGGUACCUCAACGACAAGGAGAGAACCCGGGAGAGGGUGGACGCCCACAGCUGGCUGAACACAGGCGACCUGGGGCUCCUGGACACCAACAAGUUCCUCUACAUCAUGGGCAACGUCAGAGACAUCAUCACCCUGAAAUCGGGUGAGAAAAUCAACCCCACCCCCAUCGAGGAGCGGGUGAAGAGGCACAUCCCCCUGGUCCGCUACGUCAUGCUGGUGGGCCAGGAUGCCCCCUACCUGUGCGCCCUGCUCACGCUGAAGUGCCAGGCCCACCCAGAAACCGGGGAGCCCCGGAACGCACUGACCAGUGAGGCCGUCACGUUCUGCCAGCAGCUCAAGAGCCAGUCCACCCGGCUGACGGACAUCAUUGGCAACCGAGACCCCGUCGUCACGGAGUUCAUCAGUCGGGGCAUUAAAGCUGCCAACGCGGAAGCCACCUCCGACUGUGCCAAGAUCGUCAAGUGGACUAUCCUGGAGACCGACUUCUCUGUGGCCGGUGGGGAGCUCGGGGCAACCACGAAGCUGAAGAGAGCUGCAGUGGCCAAAAUGUACCAGGCAGAAAUCGAGAGAUUUUACGAGGACGACAGGGACGACUGGCUGCCUGAGGGUGAGGAGCAGCUGGGAAUGUGGCCGGUGCUGGCACGUCCCUCGGUGGUCAUGGGGCCAGCACUUGGCCCUGGGCAGCUCCAGAUGACAGUGGCGGGGGCCCUCUGGCCAGAGGAGGGCAUGCUGGAGACCUGGGCCCAGCUCCGGGUGCCCCCCAAGGGGAGGCCAGCUGUGGAGCAGAGCUGUGGGGAGCUCAGAACGGCCCAUGGCCCUUCCCAGGAGAGCCCGAGACCUGAGGCUGCAGCCCCCUCUCACGGCCACCCGACUGCCUCUGCGCAGAAGGCCUAG